AUCCCGCUCCUCCGCUCGCUCCUCCGUUAAACGCUCCUCCGCCGUGAAACAACUUCACGGAGCUCACCGGGAGUCGGAACCCGAGCGGCGGAGGAUUUCUUCGGCGUUUCCGUGUGCUUUCCCGCCCGCUGGCGCCGCUCCGGGAUGCGCCGCUCGGAGCUGUAGGAGGCCGACGCGCUGCGCGCCGCAGCCGGGAUGAGCGGCAGCUCCGCGGGGUCCGCCGCGGCCCCCUGCCGCUUCGCGCACUACUUCGUUAUUUGUGGAAUAGACACAGAGACCGGGCUGGAGCCGGACCAGCUGGCAGGUGAGAACUUCCAGCAGAGCCCCCUGAAGAGAACCUUCAAGUCCAAAGUGCUGGCUCGAUACCCGGAGAACGUGGAGUGGAACCCGUUCGACCAGGAUGCCGUCAACAUGCUGUGCAUGCCUAAAGGCCUGUCCUUCAGGACGCAGGCCGAGCCCCGCCGGCCUCACUUCCACUCCUUCAUCAUCACCAGGGAGGACGGUUCGCGGACCUACGGCUUCGUCCACACCUUCUACGAGGAGGUGACCAGCCAGCAGAUCUGCGCCGCCAUGCAGACGCUCUACCAGAUGCACAACGCCGAGCGCGCCCCCGCCGGCCAGCCGUCCUCGUCCUCGUCCUCCUCCUCGUCCAGCAUGGACUCUCUGGCCAGCAGCCCGGACGAGGCCGAGUCCCCCGGCUCCCCGUCGUCCCGCGCGGCGGGCGGCUACGACUCGUCCCGGGACACGCUGUAUGUGUCCAAAGCCCUGUGCCUGAUCACGCCCAUGCCCUUCAUGCACGCCUGCCGCCACUUCCUGGCGCAGCUGCACAGGGCGGUGACGGCCACGGCGCCGCCGCCGCUCCCCCUGGAGAGCUACGUCCACAACGUCCUGUACGAGGUGCCGCUGCCCGCCCCGGGGCGCUCGCUCAAGUUCCACGGCGUGUACGAGCCCAUCGUGUGCCAGAGGCCCGGGCCGGGCGAGCUGCCUCUGGCCGACUUCCCUCUGGCCGAGGCCUUCUGCCUGCUGGGCCUGGAGAACCUGGUCCAGGUCUUCACCUGCACCCUGCUGGAGAUGCAGAUCCUGCUGUACUCGCAGGACUACCAGCGGCUCAUGACGGUGGCGGAGGGCAUCACCACGCUGCUCUUCCCCUUCCAGUGGCAGCACGUCUACGUGCCCAUCCUGCCGGCCUCGCUGCUGCACUUCCUGGACGCCCCCGUCCCCUACCUGAUGGGCCUGCAGUCCAAAGACGGGACGGACCGCUCCAAGCUGGAGCUCCCCCAGGAGGCCAACCUGUGCUUCGUGGAUAUUGAUAACCACUUCAUCGAGCUGCCGGAGGACUUCCCGCAGUUCCCCAACAAGCCGGAGCUGAUCCGGGAGCUGAGCGACGUGCUGCUGAGCUUCGGCGUCCCGCCGCGCCUGGCGCCCCCCCCGCGGACCCGCCCCGGCCCGGGCAGCGCCCCGUCCACCCCGGGCCGGGAGCGCCGCGCCGCCGUGGCGCUGCGCCAGCUGGAGGACGACGGCCGCAACGGCAACCUGGCGGGGGAGGAGCUGGCGGUGCUGGAGCUGCUGCAGGGGAACGCCACCCUGGAGAGGCUGCAGGCGCUCACCCGGCGCACCGGCGUGACGGUGGCGCGCGUGGACGCCCUGCGGGCCGGGGUCACGGCGCACGGACCCGAGGGCCCGGCCGGGCGCCCGGCGGCGGCGGUGGAGGAGGACGAGCUGAGGAACGCCAAGCUCAACGUCCAGCUGAGGGAGGUGUUCGCCAGCCGCUUCGCCACCAUGUUCGCCGACUACGAGGCCUUCGUCAUCCAGAGCGCCAACGACCUGGAGUCCUGGCUCAACAACCGCGAGCAGAUGCACAACUUCGACAAGGCGUCCUUCCUGUCGGACCAGCCGGAGCCCUACCUCCCCUUCCUGUCCCACUUCAUCGAGACCCAGAUGUUCGCCACCUUCAUCGACAACAAGAUCAUGUCCCAGUGGGAGGAGAAGGAGCCGCUGCUGCACGUCUUCGACGCCCGCAUCGACAAGGCGCGUCUCUACAACGUCCGGGCGCCGAGCCACCGGUCCUCCACCUACCAGCGCUGCUCCAACCUGAAGGAGGCCGCCCAGGCGGUGGAGCAGCGGCUGAUGAAGAUUGACCACACCGCCAUCCUCCCCCACCUGCUAGACAUGAAGAUCGGCCAGGGCCGCUACCAGCAGGGCUUCUUCCCCCGGCUGCAGGCCGACGUGCUCAACACGGGGCCCAGCAACAAGUGGUCUCACAGGACGGCGACCGCCCAGCGGAGGAAAGACCGCCACCGGCAGCAGACGGAGCACCUGAGCCUGGACAACGACCUGAAGGAGCAGCAGGUGGAGGGCUGCCAGGUCCUGCAGAACUCCAUGGCAUUCUGGGAGUGGGACGAUACGUCCCCCCCGCCUGUCAGGCCCCCCAAAAAGUCCGCCUCCGCGUCCUGUCUGAAAUACAUGCAGGAGGCCCGCGGCCUGGGGAAGAGCGUCCGGCAGCCCAAGCUGUCCGACCUGUCGCCCGCCGUCAUCGCCCAGACCAACUGGAAGUUCGUGGAGGGGCUGCUGAAGGAGUGCCGCAUGAAGACGAAGCGCAUGCUGGUGGAGAAGAUGGGCCGGGAGGCGGUGGAGCUGGGCCACGGCGAGGCCACCAUCACCGGCCUGGAGGAGAACACGCUGAUCGCCAGCCUGUGUGACCUGCUGGAGCGCAUCUGGAGCCACGGCCUGCAGGUCAAGCAGGGGAAGUCGGCCCUCUGGUCCCACCUCCUGCACUACCAGGCCCGCCUGGAGAAGCUGGAGCAGCAGCAGCAGCAGCAGUCGCCAGUGUCUCAGGUUCCUGAGAGGAGGAAGUCAGACUGCUCCGUAGCAAUGCCUUUCCUGAGAGUGUCUCUGCUGCAGGACAUGAGACACAUCCAGAACAUGUCGGUGAUCAAGACGGACGUGGGCCGGGCCCGGGCCUGGAUCCGCCUGUCCCUGGAGAAGAAGCUGCUGUCGCAGCACCUCAAGCAGCUGCUGACCAGGCCGGGCCUGACCAGGAAGCUGUAUAAGCGCUACGCCUUCCUGCGCUGCGAGGAGGAGAAGGAGCAGUUCCUCUUCCACCUGCUGUCCCUCAACGCCGUCGACUACUUCUGCUUCACCAGCGUCUUCACCACCAUCAUGGUCCCCUACAGGGUGGUCAUCAUCCCCAUCAAGAAGCUGAGCAACGCCAUGACCACCUCCAACCCCUGGGUGUGUGUGUCGGGGGAGCUGGGCGACUCGGGCAUCAUGCAGAUCCCCAAGAACGUCCUGGAGAUGGCCUUCGACUGUCAGAACCUGGGUCGGCUGACCACGGUGCAGCUGGGCCACGAUAACGCCGGCCUGCUGGCCAAGUGGCUGGUGGACUGCGUCCUGGUGCGGAACGAGAUCACCGGACACACGUACAGGUUCCCGUGCGGCCGCUGGCUGGGGAAGGGCGUGGACGACGGCAGCCUGGAGCGCGUCCUGAUCGGCGAGCCGGUGGCGUGCGGCCCGGAGGAGGACGGCGGCGGCGGCCGGGGCUGCCGGACCCCCCCGCCGCAGAGGUCCCCCUCCCUGACCCGGCGCGGCAGCGUCACCUCCAUGUCCGCCCGGGGAUCCAAACCGACGGCGGCGCAGAUCCAGGGCGCCGUCGGAGAGGCGGUCAACACCAUCAUCAAGCACUUCCACAAGCCGGAGAAGGAGAGAGGCAGCCUGACGGCCCUGCUGUGCGGGGAGAGCGGCCUGGUCUGGGCCCUGGACCAGUUCUUUCACCACGGCUUCCGGUCGGCGCGGCUGUUCCAGAAGCCGGUCUUCGUCUGGGACUUCGUGGAGCGCGUCGUGGCGGAGCUCCAGGAGCCCGGCGAGGCCCCGCCCCAAACCCCGCCCCCGGAGCCGCCGCCGCCCCGCCGGUCGCUCUGCCGGUACGUCGACGCCAUCAACUCCAGCAGCCGGAGCAUCGGGAAGGACGGGAAGUUCCAGCUGCUGGCGUGCCUCGGAGCCCGGGACCGGCUGCUGGCCCGCUGGCUCCCCCUGCUGGCCGGCUGCCCCGCCGCGCCCCGCAUGUACGAGGACGCCGCGCUGCUCCGAGACCCGGCCGCCGUCGCCGCGCUGGCCGAGGUCCUGGAGACGCUGCACGACUUCCCCGUCACCCUGGAGGCCUCGCUGGUCAAAGGGAUCGACCUCUGACCUCCGACCCCAGGCGGGGUGAACCCGCUGGGACCAGCGGGGCGGCGCCCAGCGGCGCCCGGCCCUCUGUCAGUAGCUACCUCUAGAUCGACUCCUCCCCUCCGCCUGGCGUAGAACCUCCAACCCCUCAGCCCAGCUAGCGUUAGCAUUAGCCAGCAUGUUUUAGUGUGGAGGGAGGAGGGGCCGGCAGGAGGGGGCGGGGCCAGCAGGAGGGGGCGGGGCCAGCAGGAGGGGCGGGGCCAGCAGGAGGACCAGGCGGUUCGAUUCACGACUGGAAACUGUUACUUUAGACUCAACUGCAGGACAAACAAGCACAAGUCCGAGGAACAAACCACUGUGGAGGGACACCACACACACACACACACACACACACACACACACACACACACACAAGCUGGACAUGAAGAGACACCAAAGACACACUGAACCACCGAGACACUGGAGACCCUCACACUGACCCACGCAAACCUGCUUUACCUUCACUGAUCUACACACACACACACACACACACACACACACACACACACACACACACACCAGAGGUGUCAUGGCUGCCACCUGUUCAGAGCCUGGUAGGACGAGCCGCUCAGGAAUCAGAAGACAGUCUGGGAACAGGCACCCAGUUUCACCACUUUAUCUUAUUUCGUGGUUUUAUUUUUUUUUUUUUAAUGAAAUAUUAUUUUGUUUCAUUUUAUUUUAAUUAAUUUAAUUUUGUUUUGUUUUACUUUUUUAAAUUUUAUUUUUCUUUCUUACAACAGAGCUGAAAACUAAACUCAGUCUGUCCAUCAUGGUUACAGUGACUCACUGACGCCACCCAGAGGAUGAAACUGGAACUACUCCAAUCAACGUUUAUUUUAUUAAAGCUCCAUUUCUGAAGCCCAGCUUGGCUUUAUGUUCCAAAAACAGAAAACAGAGAAAACAGCCUGCAGUGCUGGAAAACAAGACAUUUCAGUUUGGAUCCGUUCUAAUGUUGAAUACUCUUAUUUUGAAGGUUUGCUGAGAGCCUGAAGCCUCUGGUUCCUGUUUUGAUGCUCAGUUCUGUGAAGUCUCAGCUAAAACAGGAUGAUAGUGUGAACAUGUUGUCUCUGAAUAAGGAGCUUUGUAACUGUGGUCAUUAGUUUAUGAGAGAGUGAAGGAUUAACAUUCUACUGAAUGUUUCUCUGAAACUUUCCCAGUCGUUCAUCUUGCUGUGCAGUGAGACUGAUCCUCUGUUUCCCAUCGUGGAUUAAUGUAAACCUGAUUCUAGGACGGUUUUUAUUUUUAGCUCUGCUUGUCCCUUUUUUAAUCAUCACAUUGAAUUUCUGGACUUAAAAAGAAGAAAUUCUAGUAUUAAAGUGGAAUUUUCCUGUUAAAUCUUCAGGUUCUGUGAAUCCAGCAGGGUCAUGUUGGGUGUAUUUUAUUUUGAAGAGGAGGUUUCUCUGCUGUGGCCCGGCCUCCUUCCUGGUGUAAAUACUGUCAUUCCUGCAUGCUGAAGCAGCCAGAACUGCAGAGCCUCCUCCUCCCUCUGCUGCCAGCACCCAGUCCUCUAACCCAGGACUUUUACUUUGAAAGUCCUGAUUCCUUGUAUUAAUUUAUUUUUUUAUGAGUCUCUGUGGAGGAACUGGAGACGGACCCACUGUUCCCUCAUGUGCAGGACGAUCCACUGCUCCACUGCUCGUGCACACUGGACUGGAGGGACUUCUGUGUAGUUUGAAUCCGUUGUUGGACGGACGGCUCUGUUCUCAUAUUUAUUAUGUCUGUUUCAAUAAAAAACAUCCUGUGUGUAACUUUUCCCCUUUG